UCACGUUGCCUCGAUAGCCAUUGAGGAAGACAAGAAAGUCUGAAUACACUAAGCUUUUCUAUAAAGUGAUUGAAAACACCUUUUCUUUUCCUAUCUUCCCAGGAAAAAGUUUCAAAGAAUCCUCUUCAGUUUCUUUGAAUUGUUUGAGAUGGUGAAUCCACCACUUCAGUCUCCGACCAAUCCGCAUUUCUUCCAGCCUCUGCUUCCUGGUUUCGACACUCACUUAACAAUACCUGUUGCCUUCUUCUCAAAGCACAUACAAGGAAAAACCAUGAAAAAAACAGUGAAACUAAGAUCAUACACUUCAGACAGAACUUGGGAAGUGAAAAUAGACGGCCGGAGACUCACCAGAGGGUGGAAAGACUUCGCCAAAGCACAUGACCUUCGAAUAGGCGACAUCAUUAUCUUCAAACACGAAGGAGACAUGACGUUUAGUGUCACUCCUUUCGGUCCUAGCUGUUGUGAGAUUCAAUAUACACAGUCUCACAUCAUCAAGAAAGAAGCUGACACUGAUGAUGAUGACGAAGAUGACAAUGAGCGUCAGUACAAGAUUAGAAAUGGUCUAAAACCCAAAACAGAGCCAAUAUCUUCCUACUCAUUUGACUAUUGUUUUGUAUCAGAAGUCACUGCUUCAAAUCUAAAACUAGACACACUUUAUCUUCCUGUGGGAGCUAGGAGUUCAAGUGCUUUGAACAAACGAUGCCACGAGAUGAUACUAGUGAAUAAAGAGGGAAACUCAUGGACUGCAAGUUUGAAAUUUAGAGAGUCAGGCGGAAUGUAUUACAUCAGAAGAGGUUGGAGAAGGUUCUGUCUUGAUAACAGACGAAAAGUAGGAGACUUAUUUGUGUUUAAUCUGGUCGGAGAUGGAAAAACUACUCCAAUGAUGUGUGUUUGUCCUGAAGAAGAGUGUUCUGAACUAGUGAGCAAACACUUGAGCAGAGGGAGACGGAGUAGAAAGACAAAGAAGCGUUCUAAAUGGGUAGCUUCAUCGUCUUCAAGGCGAAACCGAUUCCUCACAAUCACUCUUACACGUUACAACUUCAUAAGCUCCAAACUUAUUCUUCCUAUAGCUUUCACGAAUAUCAAUGGGCUUAACAAGUACAAGGAGAUAAUCUUGAUGGACAAACAUGGUGUGAAGCGAUUAACGAAGCUGGUGCAAGAUGGACCACACAAUAAUAGAAGAGGAUUGGGGAAAGGAUGGAAACUUUUCUGUGAAGCUAAUGAUGUAUUCAAGAUUGGCGAGUCUUUUGUGUUGGAGUUGGUGUGGGAAGACACAGUUCCUGUUCUCAAGUUUUGUUCCAAGGUCAAAGUCGAAACAGUUGAUGUCUGAAGAACAUAAGAGUAUUUUUAAUUUAAUGUCUCUUAAGUUUUAGUAUAAAACUGUGAUUAAGAGUUUGUUUGACUCUCUCUAGUUUUAAAUCAAUGUUUAGAGUGUUAUUUUCGUAACUUGUUCUGCCUCGAGGUUCGAGACAAAAGUCUUUGAGGAUAUAAACAUUUUCAGACCAAAAAAAGAGAGCUUAUUACAGUAAA